AUGCGCUCUACUCCGUAUCUUGGCGGCGGCGCACGUGCCACUACAAAUAAUCUCCCACCGUUUACGGGCGUUUCGCCCCGUGUUUCCUCACGCAGCGUAGCGAUCCACCGCGGCGAGUAUGUCUCCAUUGUGCUCAAGCCUACAGCGCUGAAUACACAACGUGGUUCGCUGGAGGCGCUCUGUGUCGCGACGGAUGAGCCCGUCGAGGUAAUGGGACUCCCCAGUGGAGCGGAAGUGGCGCAGGUGAAUGAGUUUGUGUGCUACGUGAACCCCAGCAGCGGAGAGCUGGAGUACUUCCAACACGGCACGUACAACGACGAAUACGACGUGGAGACGUAUCGCAAACUGUUGGAUCUUUGCCCAAAGUUUCCACAGCUUUUUUAA